AUGGCUGAAUGGCAUGCCUCUCAAAUACGUGCAGCAAGUUGCUAUCCAGGUCUAUGCCGCCCUGGCCUAUUGCCAUACACACAACGUCAUGCAUCGCGACUUAAAGCCGGAGAACAUCCUCGUAUUCAAAAACUACAACUCCGACGGUCCGAACGGCGACAUGGAGGUCAAGCUCACGGACUUCGGGUGGUCGUGCGCGGUGGAGACGACGGGGCUUCGCACCACGAAGUGCGGCACAGUGAGCUACAUGGCUCCCGAGCAGGCCGGGAAGUCGGGGUACACAAUGAAGGCGGAGACGUGGGCCUGUACGCGUGGUAG